AUGGCUGUAGGCUCUCCUCCACGAUAUUUAAAAGGCCCCUCCCACCGCCGCACUUCCUCCGCACUCGCCGUGGUCCAAGAGGAGACUCCUGCCCUGGCCGACCAACCCCCCCCCGUCAUGUCCCCCAAGUCCAAAUCGGAGCCAGACCUCGGGGGAGCUUCAGAGCUCUCUGCUCUCCCCCUACCUGGCGAUUCUACCCACGGCGGCUCGGCGCUGCUCGGUAACAACUCCAUCUGCACUUCGCCCACACCCACCCCCGGCCUCUCGCGCACCAACUCCUUCUCCAACAGCUCUUCCUACCAGGACGAGGGUUCAGACGCCGAAGAUGCUUCCUUCUUCCCGCCCGUCGAGCGCCUCACCAUGUUCGACUUCAUCGAGAACUUGGCCCUCCCCCAGCGCAUUGAGAAGCUCCAGACUACCUGGCAAGCCCAAGCGGAAAAAGUCAAGCGCCACCAGGCUCGUCUCAGGAAACAAGGCCUGAGCACAAAGGAUCGCGUCGUGGAGGAAUGGCGUCGGAGGAUUCCUACCCCCGACGAGCAGCUGGACAAGUACAAGAAGCGGGUGCGCCAUUCUGUCGACCGGCUGAACACUCGCUGGAAUGACGCCAGUGCUGUGACUGCUCGAGAAAAGGCCUCAUUCAUCGCUGGCGUCAUGAAUGUCUUCGUUUCUGGCUAUCUGGUUGGAGCCCGGCCCGAAUUCUUCCCUAUAUGGUACUCGGUCCAACUACUCUACUUUAUGCCUAUCCGCUUCUACACGUACCACAAGAAAGGUUACCACUACUUUCUGGCAGAUCUUUGCUAUUUCGUCAACGUCCUAGCCCUCCUUAGCAUCUGGGUCUUCCCGGGCUCGAAGCGACUCUUCAUCUCCACUUAUUGUCUAGCUUUCGGGAACAACGCCGUCGCCAUCGCCAUGUGGCGCAACUCCCUCGUCUUCCAUUCCAUGGACAAAGUAGUCAGUCUCUUCAUCCACAUUAUGCCGUGUGUGACGCUACACUGUCUCGUCCACCUCCUUCCACUCGACUAUCAGCAGCAGCGCUAUCCAGCCAUCUACAACAUCCGUACUUCAGCGCCUGACUCUCCAGGGCACUACAGCCUUCCGCAAAUGAUGCUCUGGGCCACCAUCCCGUACGCCAUAUGGCAGCUUUCCUACCACUUCAUGAUAACUGUCCGCCGUCGGGAGAAGAUCGCCGCGGGUCGUCCUACCUCGUUCACCUGGCUCCGAAAAUCAUAUGCCAAAACUUGGAUCGGAAGAUUUGUUCUUUCUCUACCCGAGUUUCUUCAGGAACCCGCCUUCAUGAUGAUACAGUAUUUUUACGCCUGCUUGACAAUGAUUCCCUGUCCCCUCUGGUUCUGGUAUCGAUGGUUCAGCGGCGGAUUCCUAGCCGUAGUCUUCAUGUGGAGUAUCUACAAUGGCGCCACAUACUACAUCGACGUGUUUGGAAAGCGUUUCCAGAAAGAGUUGGAAGCACUUAAACAAGAUGUCGCAAAAUGGCAGAGUUCGCCGGGUAUGGAAAGUGGUCUUCCACCUAUGACUCCGAGCGAGGGUCUAGGGGAGCGCAAGAACAGUGAGAAAGAUAUCGAGAAGAUUCCGCCUCUAGAAGGUAGCACCGGCGCGAAGGUAGACGGAGAUGGAGACGUACGUGAAAGAAAGUAA